CGAUCUCACUUUACUGAUAAAGCCCAGAAUUAGCUCUUCGAACCACGCAAUCUUUUUAAAUCAUGACAAGUUUAAAGGGCCCUGGAGCUGCUCCAGAGCUUGAUGGUUCUGGCUUGAGGAUUGCAAUAAUCCAUGGGCGAUGGAAUAUGGGAAUCAUUGGCCCUCUUAUGGAAGGUGCCAAAAAAAGUCUUUUCGCUGCGGGGGUAAAGGAGGAAAACAUCAGCAUUCACUCUGUCCCGGGCAGCUAUGAAUUGCCAUUCGCUGCUCAACGAAUUUAUUCUGCCUCGCAAAUCCAGGCAGCAAAAAGCUCCUCUUCGGCCGAAGGUAUUAGCGCCACGGACCUCUUGUCUUCCUCCAAUGCGGAUCUCGGGAAGGCGCCGGCGCAGUCAUCCACGGCCGCCUCAACGAAGCCUUUUGAUGCUAUCAUCACCAUUGGUGUCCUCAUCAAGGGCGAAACGAUGCACUUUGAAUACAUUUCAGAUGCCGUGUCUCAUGGGUUAAUGCGCGUUCAACUCGAAUCUGGCGUUCCUGUGAUCUUUGGAGUGCUCACUGUGCUGAACGAAGAACAAGCACUAGCAAGGGCUGGUGUUGGCAGCCAGGCAAUGCAUAACCAUGGCGAGGAUUGGGGAAGUGCUGCCGUGGAACUUGGGGCGAAAAGAAGAGACUGGGCCGAAGGCAAGGUGGUUUAAUUGACAACUCAUUGUCAUCACCCACAGAUUUCAACAUUAACAGCAUCUCUUUAUUAUCUCCGUUUCUCA